UCUCCUCCUCUCCUCCUCCUCCACCACCUCCACUUCGCCAUUGUGUGCGGAGCUCGGUGAGUGUUGAGGUCGAGGCAGCCGCCGCCGGAGAAGGAGAAACGAUGGCGGAGUAGAAACUGACAAUUUAAACGGACUAACUGCUGGUUUCUCCUCCAUCUUCUUCCCUUUCUUCGUCUUCCUCCUGACCGUAAAACAGCUCCUGUUCCCGGCCUCACCGACGACACCCAUGCAGCAGAGGAGACCCUGGAUGGGACUAGCUACAUGUGAUCCAUGUUGGGUAACGGGGUGAAGCGUAAACUUGACGAUGAUGAGGACGUCCUGGAGGAAGAGCGGCGCCCCCCCUCAGGAGGCGUUGUGUUUCAGACCUUCUCCGCCCGGCAGACCCUCCUCAACAUGUCUCUGAUGAAGCUGUACGGCCCGCGGCCCGCCGACCUCCGCCUGCAGCGCCGCGUGCUCAUCAACAACGUCAUCCAGCGCAUCCACAGAGACUUCAGGCAGGAGGGGGGGGGCGUCGGGGCGCUCUUCUUCUCCUCUUCAUCAACUGUGAGCGAGGACGAGAGCUUCCAUCAGCCUCCAUCUUCCUCCCCAUCUUCCUCAUCUUCCUCCUUCAGCAUCCUCUCCUCCUCGAUGUCCGGACUGCUGACGGACUCCUGCCUCACCCCCGCCUCGCUGCUGGAGGAGGAUCUUCCCAUGUUCUUCACUCUUCCACCCUCCUCUUCCUCCUCCUCUUCCUCCUCCCAGCACCUGCUCCUCUCCCCCAGGAUGCCACCAUCGCCCUCUCCGUCCCCCAAAGACAGCUUCUCCUCGGCCCUGGAGGAAAUCGAGGAACUCUGUCCUUCCUCCUCAGAGUCGCCAUCACCGCCUCCUGCUCAGGUUUUAUUUGAUGUUAUCAUGAAGGAGGAAGAGGUGGAGAGUAAACCUCCUGCUCUUCCUCCUCUUCCUCCCCUUCUUCCUCUUCCUCCUCCUCCCUCCCAGUCCCACUCCUUCCUCACUGACUUCACCCUGGACGACGUCCUCUUCACAGACAUUGACACGUCGAUGUACGACCUCGGCCCAUCAGGAGCCCCUCCUUCCAAGAUGGCCCCCAUGGUGACGGCGGACGAUCUGGUGCGUUCGAUGUCGGGUUUCGGAGCGACGGGCGGUCAGAACCAGCCGUUCAAAAUGGACCUGGCCGAGCUGGACCACAUCAUGGAGGUGCUGGUGGGCAGCUGAGCAGAACUUAGUGACGCUUUUGUUCAUUUUGUACAGUUUUCAAAGUAACAACGGGCUUCACUCUGGGUCGUCUGGAGGAUCACAGCUGCUGCGGGAAGUCACUGAUAAAUCACACGAGCUGGAUUUCACACGGAGAGAAAUCCACUGGAGGUUUCAGGCAGGUGGUUGUGUUAAUGAAACUUAAGUUCAAAAGUAGUAAACACGGUAUAAAGGCCUGGUCAAUAUUUGGUUUUAAAGCUCAGUGAUGUAGUUAACGCUUGUUUGUGCCGAGCUACAGGUAGGAAAAAAAGGCCUUCCAGCUCUUUUUGGUGCUUUGACCAAAACCAACAACCUCUAAAUAAAACAAGGCUAUCUUUCAUAAUAGCCUUGUUUUACUUUAGCCUAAAUGCUAGCACUUAGCAGCUACAAAAGCCAUGGAGCUUCUGGUUCUCAGGGCUUUGAACUAGCUAGCUUGCUAACUGCAUAACAAACAUGUUAGCUAAACUGCUAACAGGCAGAACAUCCUCACAGCUAUUCAUCCUCAUGAAUAGAGUGCCACAGUGACGCGUCCUAAAACCAGGAAGUAAGUUAGCAUUUUACCACUUCCGGUUCCUUCGACAAAAACCAAUGACAUUUCUCCAUAAG